CAGAAGAGGUUUUCAAUUACGUCAGAGUUAACUAUCGUCUGUCGAAUGUCAUCAAUAAUUUUCGAAUUAAUGGCGUGAAUUUUAUGAUUAUGAUUAAUUAAAUAUUUACUUAAUGGAAGCGAUUCUGCUCUGUAUGAAAAUAAAUGAAUCUAAAAGCCAAAGAAUAAUUAUAAAGAUAAAGCAAGUUUAAGAGUCGCCUCUAAUGUACGUUUCUUGUUUGGUAAGUUUGGUGUGUCUGACAUCUUGCUGUCCAAGGGAGUGCGCCGUCUACAUAAUAUAUAAAGCUUUACCUCUCCGUCCAGGCAUCGCCACUUCGCACGAGUUAGUCAGCAAGUGCAGCAUUUCUUACGCCUGUUGUGAGCAGCCUUGUUGAGUGGGUGAAAGAAAACUUUGGGUUUGGACUUUUAGGAAGACUUCUCUGUAAAAAUUGUGACAUGUGUCGAAAUAUCAAAAUCAGAGCACUUUUGUUCUGUUUCGCCGUUGCAUCCUGUUCCACUCUUCCUAAGCAGAAUGAAAUAAAGAGAAGAUUAAUAAGAGAAGCGAGCUACGAUGAUGGCAUGACAUUAAAUUUUGAUCAGUCAGGAAAUUGCAUAUUUAUGAGAUCCCAAGAAGGAACUUACACAUUUAUGUCGCCAGGUAGUCAACAAGUUUGUGGAUUAUACAUAAUAACAGAACCAGAAUAUAUAGUGGAGUUCGAGUUCGAAAACUUUGACAUAUCUUGUUCCAAGGAGGGACUUUUAACUGUAAUGGAUGGCUGGGAAUUAAGUGGCCAAUUUUUCCCCGGAUUAGCAGAUCAUCAAAAAUCUUUAGAGAGACGAUAUCAUAAUUUCUGCGGUAUUAAAAAGCCUCACAAAGUCUUCAAAAUGUCACAGAAUGUAGGUCUUUUGGAAUUUAGAGUGCCUAUUUCUGGUGACGGGUUUUCCGUCGCCGUUAGAUUCCUCGAUAAUCCUAAACCUUGUAAUGCCGUUUUAUAUUCUCCCGCGGGAGUUUAUACGUUAAGAAAUCACGGACGUCCUGCUAACUGCAGUAUAUCAAUUAUAUAUCCCGAAACCAUUCAGAUUUUAUCGACAAACGUAGGCAACCAGAGAUAUACGAUGCAUGGAAGAUAUAUGGAUGUGGAGACGGGGACUUUACACAAAUGUAAAAAACGUGGAAUGGCCGAUUAUGUGGAGAUUAGAGGUGGAGAUGGUUUGGAUCCCGGAUUGAUGUCUGUCGCUGAGGAUUUCUGUGGAUUGGAUUCAUUUCCAAAUAUUUAUUUAUAUUCUAUUAAAGGAAAAAAUACAGUAGAUAUCGGGUGUGGAAACACUGCAGUCCGCCUUGUUUCGAGUGGCCAAUAUGAAAAUUCAGUCACUUUUGAAUAUAGUAUUCUGAGUGAUUUUAGUUCUUUGAGUCUAUUGUGUCCAGGAAUGCUUUCUUCACUCUCAUCCUAAUACAAAUAACCGUUCCUGUUCCAUAAAUGAACAUCCACCAGCGGCAGAAGUCCCGUUUUCCAUUCUACAUAAUAAUAUAACUUAAAAAAA